AAAGUCGACCAUGGCUGAGAACGAAGAAGGGAAAGAUUUUCAAAGUUAUAAAAAAUUAUGUCAAUUUUGGGGUGUUUUACAACUAGUUGAAAACGAUGAUGUAUACAACCGAUUUCUCGACACGUUAAAGGUAAACAGACAAUUAGAAAUAAUCAUCAGAACAAUGGACAAUAUCAAUUAUCAGUUUACGAGGAAUGAUCGCAUAACAUUGUGCAAUCCCGAACUCACCGGCUACACGGCCCUGCAUCUAGCGGUAGGACGUAAAAAUGAGAUCGUCAAAGUCUUAUUGUUGAGUCCGGGAAUCGAUUUUACUAUCAAAACUCAAAAUGGCUUGACUGCUUUACACGAGGCUUUUGACGUAUAUUACUAUCAAUACGAAUGUCGCUGGGAUACGAGUUAUAGUGUGAUGAACAAACAUAUAGAUUUGAUACUGUCGGCGCAUGUUGAAUAUAAUGUUUUUGACAAUUCUUGCAAUAAAAAUGGUAUUUCUCAUUUUCACAUUGCUUGUAUGGUAAACCACGUAAAUGCUGUUGAAUUUUUCCUAUGCAGGGGAGUAUCGGCGAAUGAAGUUGCCGUCGGUAAUUUUUCGUCUUUACUUGGUUAUACUCCGCUUCAUUUUGCGGUUGCUUGCUGUGCACCCGAAACCGUAGAGAUAUUGUUAAGGCAUGGAGCUAAGGUUUAUAAAAAAAACUUCAAAGGAUUGACUCCAAUACAUUUACUCUUAGACAAAAGAAUAAGCAUUGACAGUAAAAGAAUUAUGGAAAUGCUGCUUCGUAAUAUCGUCAAUUCGAAAAGUCGUUUGAAACUUGAUAUUGAUAAUUUGUCUCUUUUUUACAUAAACUGUGCUUUGCAAAACAGACAAGUUUUAGAAGAAUUUCUGACAGAAAUUGAAAACGUUGAUCGUUUUGAGGAUAUGAAGUCAGCAUUAGCCGCCCACUUUGACACGAAAGUAGCGAAAUAUUUAUUGCAACAUGAAGCUGAUAUUAAAUUUAAAUAUGUAAAUGGAUUAACUCCUCUCGACAUCUGCUUAGAGAGGUACACAGUACAAGAUCUACAUUUGAUCUUAUCUUCUAACCCGACGUGGAGGGAUCUUGUAGUUUCGGACAAUAAGACAAGACUGUCAGAUAUUGUUUGCGCAAUGAAAGAUUCAAUUAUGUUGGAUGAUUUUUUAAAAGAUGUAGAAUCGUGCCAGUUGUUACGUUUGCCAAAUGAUUCACCACUCUGGUCAGGGUAUACAUUAUUACAUUUAGCGGUGAAUUUAUCGAUUAGCGAAUCAACAGCUGACUGCGCUCAACGUAAAUGCAUGGCUAGAGUAGAGGUUUGCUUGAAAUACGGCGCCGAUGUAACUGUGCAGGAUGCUCGCGGAUGGACGGCUUUGCACCUUGCAUAUCGAUUGCAACGAGUAAAUAAUGUCCAGCUGCUCCUAGAAAAAUAUACGCAAAUUAUCAAUGUCAUCGAUGAAGACAAUUUGUCUCAUCUGUAUAUAGCAUGUGCAUUCGAUUAUUUUCCGUUAGUCGAGAAAUUAUUAUUAAAUGACGAAGUAGAUGUCAACAUAAGAAUUAAAUCGUCAUUCGAGCAUAGAAAUAGCCAAAUGCCCAAUUUUCAUGUGUCAGUUGGAUCGACGCCUUUACACGCUGCUGCCGCUUCUGGAUCGCCAGAGUUGGUUAGGAUUUUGUUGGAACAUGGAGCAAACGUCAACGCAAAAGAUUUGAAUGGAGUGACUCCUCUGCACCGAACGCUCGCUUUUAAAGAGCCUGAAAAGAUUGGCCAAAUUCUAUUAUCUUCGCCGAACAUCGAAGAAUAUACUUUCAAGGGAUUGAACUACUUACAUUUUGCUGCGGAAUUUGGUAGCAGUGAGAAUGACAUCGACAGGUUCAUCGGAUUGGGAGCAGAUGUUGACUCAAUCAUCGAUUUUUCAAUCGAAACUGAAGCUGAAGAUGACUUGCACUGUGUUAGUGUCAAUCGCGAGGGAAAUAAUUUAACCGAGCCUUUUACUUUCAUGUCCAAUUUCAACAAAUUGAGACCCAUAGAUAUCGCCAUUCGUCGUAAUCGCAGGGAAGUCGUUCAGGUACUACUGAAAUAUGGCGUCGAUAUUAUCUCAGCGAGGCCCGAUGGCUGGACUCUAGUUCACAGAGCAUUGCGUGGUUGUUUAUGUGACGAUUUGAUUUUAUCCAUGAUUAAACGCGACGCUAUUCUGCAACAACACAUACAACAAGAGACGGGAAUAACGAUGCUACAUAUCGCUUGCAAGGAAAGUGAUAUCGACCAAGUCAAAUGUUAUUUGAAGAACGAAUCGAACGUUAACGCACAAGUGAAGCUCGAUUCGCCAAUUUGGCCAGGAUACACGGCUAUGCAUGUCUUAGCACUGCAAGCUUAUGAAAGAAAUAGCCAGAAACAAGUAUUACAGUCUAUAAUGAAGCUACUGUUGGCCAGCGGAGCUGAUCUUACGCUAAUCAAUUCCAAGAACAACAUGCCGUUUAACGACACAUUCACGUACAACGUUUGUGCACAAUGGCCUUUCAUUAAGCCGCUGCCAAGUAACAUGAAAGAUUUCGAUGCCUACCAAUUUCAACAAAAUCCAACUGACACCGAAUACACAUCACGAUUUCGCACAGCAUGUAUUGAAAGCAAUUUAGCAGAUAUGAAAAAGUUUUUGAAAUGUGAUGUUAAUGUGAAUCAGCCUUUUAAUUUCUACUCCACCACAUUUCCUGGUUGGACUCCACUUCACCUGGUGCUCCAGCAUAAUUCUAGGGUUCAUAGUGAUAGACGAGUUGAAGCUAUCGAUCUUCUGUUCAGACAUGGAGCAAAUGUCCAUGCCACUGAUCUGUAUGGCAAUUCUUUGUUUCAUGCUGUGACCAAAUGUGCUUCGCCACGUAUUCAGUUAUUUGAAAAGAUUUUGAGCAUUGGAACUAGUAUUAACGCUAAAAAUAUUUUCGGAGAAGAACCAUUUGGAAUGUUACUCAGUUCAAGAAAUUUUGAAUACGCGGAGGUAAAAUUUUUUUUGAAACACAACUGUCAUGCGAAUUUAUACGAUCCGAUAAGAGAGGAGGGUUAUUUAAAAUAUUUGUUCGGCAAUAAUCAUCCGAUAAGAAAAAUUGUAAAACAUCCGAGUAUCGCGAAGAUAGAUGAUUUCGGUAGAAAUGCCAUUCACAAUAUAGUAUCUUGGAAAUGGUCUUUCACCAAGAGUUAUUAUCAAAUAAUUCCAAUGCUAAUGGAACGAGGCUGCCACAUCGAUCAUCAAGACAAAUUAGGCAGAACACCUCUGCAUCUUGCUGUCAAAUUUUCGAAUUAUAAAGCAGUGAUUGACUUGCUGGGAGCUGGCGCUGAUAUUAAUGUAACCGAUGCAGAAGGCGACUCACCAUUUUCUCAAAUCUUUUCAUUAUCAAAAUAUUUCGAGUGGCAUCAAUACGAAUUCAGCUUCAGCGAAAUGUACAUACCUAUUGCGAUGCAUAUAUUUAAAAUGAAAAUUACUGGACUUUAUAUAAGCGAGCUCAAUCUAAAUGUCCUUGAAAAGCUUCUUAAAAAGUGUUCACACGAUGAAGUAAAAAUUGAGCGUAUAAACGACGAGCUGGCAAAAAUGAAGCAUGUGAAAAUUGAUUCCACCUCAGUUUGCCCCUAUGAUUUUUUCUCAGAAACGGGAGCGAUAGCUGCUUUUCCAUUUAUGUCUCCAUCGGAGCAACAAGCUAUCAACACAUUUGUUACAUCCAUGAAAAAACGUGAUUUCACUGAACUCGGAUAUUUAUUAAAGAUAAGGCAUAGAAAAGCACUGAAAAGAUUGUCUUUGAUUAUGCCGGCAACAGUUGGCUUGGAUAUUCUAUUGAAAUGUGUAUUACCCGAAAAGUGUUCACGACAUAUUUUACAAUUCUUGUCAAACACGGAAAUAGAGAAUGUAAUCGCAUCCGUAAACUUAAUUUUUAUUACCUGAUCAUUAAAACAAUAAGCACUGAAAAGAUUGUCUUUGAUUAUGCCGGCAACAGUUGGCUUGGAUAUUCUAUUGAAAUAUGUAUUACCCGAAAAGUGUUCACGACAUAUUUUACAAUUCUUGUCAAA